AUGAAUUUCAAUAGUGCAAUGCCUACCCCAUUGGCCUUCACCAAGGCCGCCCUGGAUGAGUUCGUCACCCAUCGGGUCUCUCGAGAGAUGGUCACCUACCUGGCCCAGCAAGCAUCGCAGGUCAUCCGAUGCGAAGCUCACGUCAACAACACACUUAGUCAACACGGCCAACCUACGCCGCCAUCGACCCCUCCCAUGGACACGGCCGACUCUUUGCCGCCGCUGCCAUCGAUUGAAGCCUUUAUUGCCUCGCUUGUUGCUCGUUCACAAGUGCAAGUGCCGACCCUCAUGAGUUCCUUGGUGUACCUCGGCCGCCUUCGUGCGCGUCUGCCUCCGGUGGCCAAGGGCAUGCGAUGCACUGUCCAUCGCAUCUUCCUGGCGUCGCUCAUCCUGGCCUCCAAGAACCUCAACGACUCUAGCCCCAAGAACAAGCACUGGGCUCGGUACACCGCCGUCAAGGGGUUUGGUGGAUUUGGCUUUUCCCUUCCCGAAGUCAACCUGAUGGAGCGCCAACUGCUCUUCCUCUUGGACUGGGAGACUCGUGUCACCGAACAGGACCUCUUCACCUUCCUGGAGCCCUUCUUGGCGCCCAUUCGCCACCGUCUCGAGCAGGAAUAUGAGCAAGAGAGAAAGGCUGAAGAAGAGCUUCAAUGGCGACAACACCAGCGUCGCCGGAUGGUGAACCCCGCCGAGCUUCUGGUAGGCCGCGUGCGACGCCAUAAGAUGGAGGCCCGUGUGGAUCCUCGUCGCAACGCUGAAAGCAUGGGAAUGCGCCGCCUCCCUAGUCACAUGUCCUGCCCGUCCAUGCUCAGCACACAGCAUUCGUCCCACUCGGUCGCUGACCUGGAGCGAUACGUUCCUUACACUCGACACCGUCUGUCGCCCAGUCGAUCCGGUCGAUCGAUCUCGCCUCCCUCCGUUCGAGAUGUGCCGGGCCUUUCUCACGCCGAGACCCUCAACUCCAUCAGCUCUCGGUCUUCCAGCAUCGCUCCCAGCUCCCGUGGCACCCCCACUAGUGUCAGCACCUGCUCCUCCCAGGGCAAUGACGACUUGAUUGUGGUCAACGACACCUAUCGGAGCCCAUCCGCUUCCUCACUGACGUACAGCUUCGUGAACGUCGAGUCCAAGCCCUACGUGCCCACUCGCCAGGCCAGCAAGAAAUUGAAGGUCUCCAGCCACGGCCACGGUGGGGGAUUUGUCGCACGCUUCCUUGCCUCUGCAACAGGCUCCUACAUGGGAAGUCGCAUUGGACGGCCCCAUGCGUGA